GAAAAAAAAUCCACUUCCGGCGCUGUAGUCAUUUACGCAAAAAAAUAGCGUAAUGUUGUGUUGAUUGUUGAUGAAAGCAAGGACAAGGAAGUUAUCACUUAAUUUUGCGGCUCUUUUAUUGUGGGGCAAGAAUGAUCAGGGUCGCAAGUGCAGCAAAGCGCAAGUGCAGCACCAAUAGAUUUGAAAGGAAAUACUAAUUGAUUCUUUGCAUUAGCUAUGUUGGCAGCAAAGAAAUCAUGUAUUAAUUAAACUCAUUUGGGAUGGAAAUCUAAGAGAGCUAAAAAGAAGAGGUGAGCUGUGUGGAGUGACAAUGAAGCCACCUUUGACAGUGGAGGCAAGGGUGGCAGAGGACCUUCGUAAUUGGUUAGCUUCUGAACUGGAGCAGCUCGAUGCUUCUAAUACUAAUCAAUUUGCCCAUCAUGUUGUAACCAUAUUGUUACAUGAAGACCUGGACAUUGAGGAUGAACCUUUAACUGCUGGAGAUGACUUUUUACAAAAUAUAUACAACAUCAAGAAAGGGAAAACUCGGGACAGACAGAAGAAAGCUGCAGUGCAGUUUUUAAGGAGUGCAGUUUGCUGUAAUGACUCUGAUGAAGCUGAGAUUCAAGGAGUUGUUGAUGAACUAAUGGUAAAAAUUGAUGAAACUAAAAGUAAAAUGAAUAAAAAGAGUUCAAAGAGAAGUCUUCUUGCGCCCAUUGCAGUCAAUGUAAAAUCAGCUGUAGCCCAGGCUAGUAAUAAACAGGAUGGCCUUGAACAAGAAAGGCGCUACAAUGAAGCAUUUCCAUCACUAGCCAGUGAAGAGUCCCUCAGCAAAGAAGGUGCACCUCGAUUCAAUGUGGAUUCUGUGUGGAACAGGUCUCCUCCUGCUGGCAAGGAAAACAGCAAGAAACGGGUGAAAAAGAAACCAGUCCAGUUCCUAAACAGACAGUGUUACAUGUUCACAUGUCAGGAAGAAGCCCAGGCUUGUAGUAUUGCUAGACAGGUAGCUGCUCUUGCCUUAGCUGAGACUUCAUUACCUAAUGUUGAAGCUGCGGAAGUUUUCCCAUCCACAUUGCAGGACAGCUCACCAUCUUCUUUUGGCGACAACUCCGGUUGCUGGAAGUCAGCUUUUCGGACUGUUGUUCUCACCAAGGUCUUUUCUCCCUCAGUAGCCCCGCUUCAGUCCAAAGAUAAAUUUCUAGUCCCAUAUGCUGACACAGUUUACAAGGUGUUUUCCCCAAAUGUUGUUAGUAAAUUUAAUUUAAAAUCAUCAGACCUAGCUCUAAGUGUGAAGAAAGCAACCUCAGAAGACCAAGCUUAUUCUAACAGUCGACACUUUCACCCAAUUCCUGAUGGGAGUGGUCAGCAUUUGUAUUCAGAAUGCCUGUUGGAUGAAGAUGAAACACUUGACUCAAAGAAAGCAGAUAAUGAGAUCUGUGCAAUCUUUGAAGCUGGCAUUAUAGAAGAACAACAACUUAGACAGAAAGUACAAAAUGUAGUCCAAAAUAAAGUUCAGAAAGUCAAGAAACCAAAAGUAACAACACCAUAUCAGAAGAUUCCCAGUGAAGAUGAUCUUGAACAUGCUUUACAGUUUCCCUGCCACUGUGGGGAUUUUUGGCAAGAUAUAGUACAUAAAGGUGGCAUAGCACUCUAUCCAGACUUACAUGUGAAGGACAUCACUUUAAAUGCUACUGAUGGACUGAAACCAGCAACAUUACUGAAUGGUGGCAUUGAACAAUAUGCUGACUUACAUGAAGAGAAGAUCAUGAGUGAAACUGAUGGACUGGUUAAAUGUACUAUUGAUACCCCACUUCGUAGUGUAUCGACAUCGAUAGAACAGUUUAAUGGCUCUUCACAAAAUUCCAACUUACACUGGAAGGACAACACCAUGAAUGAAAUUGGUGGAGUGGCUGAGUGGGCUCAGGUGUCUUUACCUACAGCACCAGUGGGUAAAGAGAUCAGUGACUUAUCUCUACUUAGCUUAAAAUCUUUAAGAGAGACUUACUCCCUACAGGUUAUCAAGAAUUUAGUUGUAAAUUAUGUUUCCUCUGUUUCCUGUGAGCAAAGAUCAACUGGGCACAUUUUGAAGGGCAUGGUAGAUACACUUAUCAAGAGGAAAGAAUAUACUUUGCUCCUUGUAAAAGGCAACAUGAAUGACAAGAAAAUUAAGGAAAGCCUUGAUGUAGAUCAAGUUUUAGAAGUAUGCAUUGAAACCCUUACUAAUAUUUUAUCACCAGAGGCAACAGAAAUGGUAUGGUUUGAUGAAGCUCAUUCUUUGUCAGAGUCAGAUAGAUCAGACAAACAGGCUAGUGACAACCAUAAUGUAGAGAAAUAUUGGCAAGAAGAAAAUGUUCAAUUUUCUGUGAACUACAUCUUAGAGAGCAUUGAUAAGAGCAACCAUAUUGACAGUGCUAGUGAAUUAAAAAUAGCAGGUAGUAAUAACUUGCUAACUUUAUGUUCUACUGGUCCUGGAUUGAAUUCCGCUUGUAUUGAUUUAGAAAACAUACCUGUUGAGGAUUUAGUUAGUGGCAUUCCUAGUUUGAAUGGGUUCUCACCUAGCUUUCUUGACAAUGUAGAUCUUACAUACCUAGACGAUAUGGAGAAUAGAAGCAUACAUGGAAGUGAUUGCCGACCAAGGAGAACUCCAAUGACUUUCAGAGAGGAUGCUCUCACAUGGGAGGGCAAAACGGAAAAAAUAGAUUUGUCAGAUGGCUGGCCACCUGAUAGUGACAUACAUAGUAAAAUGGGCCUAGCCGCCCAAUCUAAAGAGUGGCACAUUGCAUCUGGGUGUUAUCUUGCACCCCUGCAGCCAGUGGAGACAACAGGACUGGAGGUGUAUGACCAGCAGGACAUUGGUUAUUUCUCUAAUGACAUGAGGCAAGUGCAGUGGGACAAUCCUUGGCCAUUGACAGAAUGGGACCAUAUCUGUAAGGAGUACCUUGGGGGAUUUAUGGUGAGUACUCCAGCAUGGCCACAGCGUGCUUCUCCUCCUAAUCCAUAUAGGCCUUCCUUGUUGACUUCCUGCCUCAGUAAAGAGGGAGCUCAGUUUCUUGAGAGUGCUUUUGUAAAUUCAUACUUUUCAAAUGAUUUCACGGAACCUCAUUCUAAUUUGAAGCGAACUGCUCAUGCCGUAGACUGUUCUGCAUUAGAAAAAUUGUGGCUCUCCAGGAGAAACAAUAGUUUAGAACGUUUUUGGCUGGCUAAGGAUAGCCAGCAUUCCAUUGCUGUAGGUUGGAAUUCUUCCUUUGCGCUGAUUGAAGGUGUGACAUGUUCCAAUUGGUUAGAAAAUAAUUGCAAUCUAGGCCAUUCAUGUCCAUUUUCUCAUCCUAGUAUAUGAUGUGUUAGACUAGAAACUAGAGACUGCAAGAAUUACGUUUUGAACCAGUAUGAUGGAAAAGAAGUAACUUAGACUGCUCAUAACAUCAACCAUUUCAUUCACUAUGACAACGAUUCAUAUACGUAAAUAAAAAAAAAAUCAUUGUUUAAUCAUUCAUUUAUUUUGCCUCAAACAUUUUUCCAAUUAUGGGCUAGUGUUUUAUAUUUGUUUUGCUUGUAACAAAAUGUUACAUUGCAUGGAAACCUUGGGCCGCCAAGGUUUAUAACAAAUUGUAAUAUCUGUCUAGCACUGUUUGCUUACUAGCCCAAUACAGCUAUUUGAAUAAGUCCAUUAAGAUUCUUAUGUUGGAAAAGGAAAUAAUCAUUGAAAUUGUAAACAAUACCAAUGUGGAAACAAUUGAUGUUCUAGAGGCACGCAGUCUUUACAAUGUGUUUAUAUCUGUAUAUAGUAUAACAUUUCACAAUGCAGUGAUCAUUUGGAUCAGUAGCAUAAUUACUUCAUUUUUUUUGUAUAUUCUGAAGGAUAAUUUGGCAUAUCUAUCAACUAAAAAAAUGAAAAGAAAAUAGUGUACCAUUCAACAGUGUAACAAUGAGAUAUUUCAAAAAUAAAUCUGUGCCUUCUGUGUGAGCUAUUCCCAUUGUAGACAGUUUGCUUGUUUCCACAAGACAAGACAAUAUUCUGUCAGAAGUUUGUUUGUGUACUUAAGUCUCAGGCUGGCCAUCUGUUUGAAAUGGAUAAUUGGCGACUGUAGUAUUGUCAAACUCUUGAUUGUAUGCCCUUUUAUCUGUAGUAUGUACAUAUACUACCAUUAAUUUAUUCACUCAGGUCUAUAUUUAGUAGGAUGAUAUGUAUAUGAGGGGUAGGAUGGUAUGACUGGGUCAUAAUCUAUGUACAAAUAAAAGUUGAGACAUUUUUCUGUUUAAGUUGAAAAUACAAUGUUUAUCCUAUUUCCAGUGAACAUUUUAAAAUCAAAUCCUUCAAUUAAUAAAUGCUAUAUACGGAUUUGGUACCUUGUUCUAUAUCUCAGUGAUUGAAGAUAUAUUUUAUACAAGCCAAAAAGGAAAAUCCAUUAUUGAAUGCAUUAUUUAACAAUAUUUUUUGGAAGUUAUUUUAAGAGUAUCGUUUACUAUAAGUUUCCUUUUCAAAUUUACUAUUAAAUUGGGUAUUGCAUAGUUGAUUACAUUAACAAUUAUUUGUUAAUUUAAAAAAAAAAAAAGCUUUUUGACACAGAAACAUUUAAGAAACAAUAUUUAUCUUUUGUUUUAAGUAAAGUCCUAUUAUAGUUUUGAAUCCCAUCCAGUAAUUAUUAUUAUAUCUAGUCAAUGGUUCACAUUCUUUUUCUUUGCAAUACAUUUAUUUGAUGUUUGAAAGUAAACUUUUGAUUCUAGACCAUACAUAAGGAAUUACAUUUUUUUUUAUAACAGUUAAAUAAUUUGGAUACAUUUGUUGGUAUGAAUUUUAGGAGACAUUUACAUUUUUUAAACUAUAUAAUAAUCUCAUUCUCCACAUAUUUUAAACUAGGAUCACUGGGAUGAGAGGGGGUGGGGUGGGAUGAUUAGUAGAUGGUGCUGAAAAGUGUAAGCAAUUUUUUUUUCAAUUUGAUUGUAGAAAUCAAAAUGCGUCUUUCACUAUGGUCUUCUGUUGUGAAUGGUCAUUGCAGAUAUGCCAACAGUUAUGUUUCAGCGAUCAACAUUUUGUGUUGUUAAUGGUUAUUAAGAUAUAUUUAUCUAUUGAGAUAUGCACUUUGAUUGGUCCUCUUUGUUCAGGCAAUGUACAGUCAUUCUUGACACUAAUUAAACUCUUAUAUUAAUCAAGGUUUACAAAAUGCAUGUGCCAUGAGCUGAGUUUCAAAGUAAACUGCCUCAGUUAAUUGUUUUUUGUUCUUUCUUCUUUUUUUUUUUUUUUUUAAAAUAUUUGCUCUUAUACUGAAUAAGAAAAAAAUAAAGUGUCAUUGAAUAAGGUAGAAAUAAAUUUCUUAAUCUGUUUCUAUUUUGUUUUGUUAACAUGCUGUAACAAAUUUACUUGAGUAAACUGGAGAGGAUGUCAGUUUGUUGAUAACUCAAUAGAUUCAUUUUCACAUCAGCUAUGGUAAAAAUUGAAGACAAUAGUACUACAAUCAGUUUUAAAUCUUCCAUGCUAUGAUUGGUGUCAUUUUUCUCUCCAAUUUUUAUCUUUUAUUCCCAAUAGGUCUGGGUAUAGAGUCAAUUUUCUUCUUAGUACUUAGGCUAUUAUUGUUUUGUUUGUUAUGAAAUGAAAACUGUGGCCUGAAAUUCAUAUUUGUGAAACAAACUUGCACAAAUGAAGAAGAGUGGGAAAAACAAAAUGUCUAGUGUUGGAAGGCCUAACAGUUGGCAUAUCUGUGAGAGUCUGUGUACAACACCCUAACAGUUGGCAUAUCUGUGAGAGUCUGUGUAGAACACCCUAACAGUUGGCAUAUCUGUGAGAGUCUGUGUAGAACACCCUAACAGUUGGCAUAUCUGUGAGAGUCUGUGUAGAACACCCUAUAACAUUGUUGGCUUUGUUCUUCUUUGUGAACCGGUGGUGAUUUGUUUGGUGAAGCUGGUCUCUUAGUGCUUGCAUGACUGGGUAUGAAUAUAAAUUAAGUUUGUAUGGUUUCAAAAUGUAUGGUUAUUAAUGUUGAAUGUUAUUUGAAAUAUAUUCUGUUCAGUUAAGGACAACAAUAACCAAAAAAAAAAAAAAGAAAGAAGUUAAUUGUUUUUUUUUUAAAGCAUAAUUAGGGAUUGUUUUUAUUUCAUUUUUUUUUUAAAUCUGUGAUAUAGUUUUAGUGACCAAUUGUUCUUUCCAUGAGUGUUCUGGCACUAAUUACAAUGGUAUCAGUUCUCAGGAAAGUAUUUGAGUCAAUGUCUGUUAAGAAUCAAUAGACUGCACUAACAAUGAUUAGUUGUGCUAAGCAUUCAUUGGUUCCAUUGCCAUGAAAUAGUUCCAAAUUGUGUUGCUAAUGAACACAACAAAAUGCUUACAAGUACAUAGUGAGUUGAAUGUUAGUCAUGAAGAGAACACUUAUAAUGUGGCACUCUUUAUUCUUAGUCUCUACUCGCAGACUAUUACAAUUUCUUUAGUUAUAUCUACUUAUUGAAAUGUUACUCAAGUAGGAAUAAGUCUAGUAUCAAUGUCAGAAGUAUAAACUAGGAAUCAAAUGAGUGGGCCUAAGUUAAAUGGCUGACUUGAAAAUAGAGUUCAUGUAUAGUGGACACGUUAUUUAUUUUGUGAAAUCACGAGUUUGACUACAUCUUAAUUGACAGAUAGUCAAUAUAGAAUUUUUCCUUAAAUGUUUUGUAUCAUCUGUCAUGACAUUCAAGACCAAGAUGACAGAAAUAUUUGUGAAUAUUUUUCAAGCCCCGCCCCAAAAAACAACUUACACUGUCUAGCUGGUCCAGAAAAUGGUUUAUGUUUGAUCUACACAUAUGCAUUAUUUACUUCACUGUUGUAUAUUUACUCUGGUCCAGCUAUCCUAGUUUGUGUGAGUGAAAAGUGCAGAAUGACAAGCUUUGAGAUGACAAGAACAAGUGAAGGAUUUCAUGUUUCUGUCUCCCAAUAGACAGAUGACAUUUUUUUGGAAAUGAAAUAACAGUAUUUCCAUUGAAAGUGACUGCUUGUAAAAAACACAUUUAAAAAUAAAUCAGUGCUUUGAAGUUGGCCUGUUCUGAAAAGAAAAUCCGACAAUAUUUUAUACACUCUACUUAUGUGUCUAUAUGUUUUCAUGUGUAUUUUGAUGCCCGAACAUAUGUUAAACAAGGGUGUUUGUUCUUUUAUGUUAAACAAGGGUGUUUGUUUUUUUAUGUUCUACUGGACUAGACGUCAAGACUUUGUCUAGUAAUUCAUUCAUACAGGAGAAGAAAAUCCAGUGAUUACUAUUUGUGAAGUUUGUAUGUCCAGUAUUGGAAAGAAGAGAAACUUUCAAGUAUGUUGAAUAUAUGUUGUUUUUGCAAUAUGUGUAGUUUUUGUAAUUGUGGCAAUGUUUGUUGUUUUAGGAAUGUUUAAUAACUGUUAGAAUUCUAACAAGUUACUCAUAGAACUGCUAUGAAAUGUGUGUAUUGAGUUAGUUUAAAGCUUUUUGUUUGACUUGUCCAGUCUUUGAUUGCCCUAUUUCAAUAUAAAAAUCAUUUUUCGGAGCAGUAAUUAUAAACCCAUUAUUGACUUUUUUCCUCUCUGUACAAUGUUUAAGAACAAUUGGCACACUUUCCUUCUUUGCCACAGUGCAUGGGGAACUGGUAGAGAUCAGUGAUCUUCUCUUGUCUGUCUGUAGCGUAGACGGUUUACUCUGUCUCAAGUCUAUUUUCACAUUUGGAGAUAUGCAAUCCUUAUCAUUGGUUGAGAGUUACUGUCUAUCAUUUCAGUUAGUACUUAGAGCCAUGAAGAGUUUUGGGAACGUUUGGAUAUUGUAUAACACCCCCCCCCUCCCCCCUAUCUUCCCCUUGUAACAAACAAACAGUAACUAAAACUCAAUCACCUUUUCUGAAUACACUCAUGUUCAAAUUUACAAAAGACUUGUUUAUUAAAUAUCAUUUUUCCAAAUGACAUAUUUCACCAUGGUAUCUAUAAAAGUGAUGGGCAAAGUAUCGACUUCUUUCAGCGCUUCGAUGAGGUAUUCAGUUUGUUUUCCCCAAUAUUGUACAUAUACAUCAGGUGGCCGCCCGAAAAACUGUAACGCUGAUUAUUAAUAAUUUUUGAAAACCUGUGGUAUAAGCCUUAUGCAAAAAGUCCAAUCCGCAAAAUUCAAGGUACCACUGUAACUGUUAUUUCAUUUGAAUAUUUUUUUAGUUUUGUUAUGUAACAUAUCUUCAGAUCACUUCCCCUUGUAACAAAUUGUAAGGAAUUUGUAUUAUCCCCGCCCCCCCUCCCUCCAUAGGUUGUUGCAUAUUAUCUGAGCGUUCCCUUUUAAUGGAUUUUAUGCCAAUACACGUUUUACUGUUGUGGUCACUGCAAUGUUAAGAAGGCUUUACUGCUAAUAAACUACACUUAGUUUGUCUUGAUAUGAUAGUCAUAUAUAGUCUGGAGGUUUUCUUCUUUGAUUGGUUAAAGACUUAAUGUAGUUCCAAAGUAGAGAGAUACUGGUACUGAAUGUAGCCAAAAGGUUUUGUAGUUUACCCCCUGAUUUAUUCUUUUUGUAUUCAUAUAUAUUUGUAGAGUCUUACUAGAGUGUAUUACAUUAAGUUGAUCAGACUAUUAAGUUGGCCUUGUAUAGCUCAUGAGUAUAUAUUUAUACAUAUAUAUAUAUAUAUAUAUUUAUAUUUGAACUACAUAUAACAUUUUUAUAUUUUGGAUAAUGCUAUUUCUUAUCAAAUGUUUGUCAACAUACUCAGCAGCAUAGGAAUUUGCUCUAUUUUAUUUGUACAAUGUCAAAUUUCUUUUUUAUUUUAAAGCGUAGCUUCAUAGUAUUAACAGGCCACAUCCCCAAGGACAUUUUGCUUUAAUGCUAUAUUUAUGUUUGAAUCAAAACAUUUAUAAUUCUCCUGUUUCAUGAAUUUUUUUUUAUAUUUGUUUUACUUACUGCCUUUAUUUUCCUUUUAAAAACAAAACCAAAAAAAAAUAAUUUCUUUGUGGAUUUUAUUUGUUUCAUGGUGAUUGCUUUUCGAAUCCAAUUAUUUGAAGGGAAUUGAAGUAUUUUGUGCCAGGAGCCACUGGACUCAUUCUGUUUUAUCUGUUUUAGCUAUGUUUAAUUCAUAUAUAUAUAUAUAUUUGUAUUGUCCAAUGCACUGUCCCAUUGUAAUUAUUCAUAUUGCAUUUUUUUUAAGAUUCAUUGAAAUAUUUGACAUUAUAUUAAACUUAUGAAAAAAAAAUACAACACACAAAAACAACAACAGAACUUAAAAACCUUUUUAGAUAUUUGGUUGGGAAAAAAAUACGUUUUGUGAACAGUUUGGCCUACAGUUAGAAUUUGUGUUUUCCAGAUCUUUGUCUAUUAAUUGUAUUCCCAAUUUGAGUUUAAAACCUGUGCAAAUAACGUGAUAUAAUCGAAUCCACGAAUUACAUCAUAAUUAUAACAUGGAACACUGAUGGUGUGCCCCUUGACACAUAGUAUGAUGUUCCUACUGUUGUGGUAUGAUGUCUAUUUUAGGCCCAUGGUAUAUGUAUAUUUAUUUCUUGUAAUUAACCAGCACUGAUUCGAUAUACAAUCAACGAAUCAAAGCAGUGCUUCUCAGUUUUAUGGGUCAGUGAAUAGCGCACUGUAAAUACCGGUAUUAGACAGAUCGUUGUCUCUGCACACGUUUCUAGACUUCACCUUCCAGAGAGUUGACAACUUUGGGAGUACAUCCUUUUGUUUUUGUUUCAAGUGCGUUCAGUUGAGAAACACCGUCUUUUUUUUUUUUGUGUAUUAUAUUUGUGUGAAUAGCUCAAUAAUAGAGCUUGUCCAAUGUAUUGGAUUAACAUCAAAGUUUUGAUCAGAGUGAAAAAAAAAAUAGAAGAGCUAGACCCACUUGUUUGGGAUUUGAUCCACCUUUAAGACUUGUUUAUUUGUGGGUCAUUGCUAUCUUUGAAGUGUUUUGUCUCUUAGUAACAAGAGACACCAAGUUUGACUAGACAUGUGUCACUGUUAGGAACAUAUUAGAUCACUGUGAGUAGACUGUAGACAUGUGUCAACAUUCCAAUGUUUUUAAGUCCAUUUGAAAGUUAGAACAAAUAAAAGAUGAAAACUAACAA